AUGCCUUACAACACCACCGCAAUCCCUCCUCGCAAGGAGCCUACUGGUACCACCCAGCUUCCUCUGUCCCGUGUCAAAAAGAUAGUCCAAGCCGACCCCGAUAUUCAAGCCUUCUCCAACGCCGCCGCUUUCGUUCUCACGAGGGCUACAGAGCUCUUCACCCAAAUGCUCGCCGAAAAGGCCCAUGAGGUCGCCAAGUCUGAGAAGAAGCCCCGUCGGAAUCUUCAAUACCGUGACAUUGCCACCGCUGUCGCCAACCACGAAAACCUCCAGUUCCUCGGCGACACCGUCCCCAAGACCAUGACCUACGGUGAGUAUCUGAAGCGCGCCGCCGCCAAGGCCGGAGCCAACAAGACCAAGACCAAUGGCGAGAGCGCAGUCGAGGCCGGACAAACCACCCUUGACGGCAUGAAGUCUGCCGCGGCCACAAACGGAACCAACGGCUUCGGCACCCAUGCUGCUAAGCUGGGUGAGGAGAGAGAAGAAGACGAGGAUGAGAGAGAAGAAGACGCUAAUCCAAACGAGCAGCUGAAGAAGGAGAGUCUGGGCCCGCGUUUGAGCUCCGGUUCUACGAUCUCGAAUCCUGCGACCUAUGUCAACGGCAAAGAAGGCAGCGAGGAUGUCGAGAUGAGCUGA